UCGAACAUUCAAGAGAAUGUGGGCGAGGGAUCCUCUCCGACGACAUGGGGAGCGGACAUCUGAGCUCAGCCACCUACCCUCGCUCAAACCUCGUCUCGAAGCUGCGAAAUGGCCUUUCUCCGGACACCUACCGCCAUUAAAACCGCUGUAGCCGUCUCUGCUCUCCCUGCGGCCUGUGCCGUCUCCUCUCUCUCUUCCCCUUCUCCUCAUCCUCCUCCUCCUUCCUUCUUUCAGCUCCCCAGUAAGGCCCCGAAGCUCUGCUCCCUGUCCUCGCUGCAAUUACUCUCUACGAGCCAUCUGGGUCCCGACAACAAGAAAAGCCUCGCUUCCCCUCCUCCUUCAGCUCUCCACAUGGACGCUCCCGCUCCUGAUCACAGAACCACCUCGCAGAACGGUGCUCUCCUGCCGGAGCUUCUCACUGAGUUUAUGGUGGAUAUGAAAUGCGAGGGCUGUGUUAAUGCUGUGAAGGGUAAAUUGCAGACUGUUGAUGGAGUAAAGGAUGUCGAGGUGGACUUGAGCAAUCAAGUGGUUAGAAUUCUGGGUUCUGCACCUGUGAAGAUGUUGACCGAAGCAUUGGAACAGACUGGACGAAAAGCCCGUUUAAUUGGGCAGGGGGUUCCUGAAGAUUUUCUUAUAUCUGCUGCAGUUGCCGAAUUCAAGGGUCCUGAGAUUUUUGGUGUAGUUCGAUUCGCUCAAGUGAAUAUGGAUUUGUCACGAGUGGAAGCCAGUUUCAGUGGAUUAUCUUCUGGUAAACAUGGGUGGUCCAUCAAUGAAUUCGGUGACCUGACAAGAGGAGCAGCAAGCACCAGGAAAAUUUUCAAUCCACCAAUAAAAGGGGUUGACGAGCCUCUUGGCGACCUGGGAACAUUAGAAGCUGAUGAAAAGGGAGAGGCUUUCUCCUCAGGCGUCAAGGCAAAGCUGAGAGUCACCGAUCUGAUUGGCCGGUCAGUCGUGGUGUAUGGAACCGAGGAUAAAUCUGAUUCAGGCAUCAUGGCAGCAGUUAUUGCUAGGAGUGCCGGCGUUGGUGAAAACUACAAGAAGCUCUGUACAUGCGAUGGGACCACCAUAUGGGAAUCGAGUAACCAAGAUUUCGUGGCUAGCAAAGUCUAAUGAUGGAACAUCUCCACACAUAUUUUGUACUGUGAUAAAUUCUCCGAGCACUGUACUGAAUACAUAAAUAAUGUAUCAAAUUGCAGGUUAACAGUUUUUCUUGUUUCGAGUUCGCAACUGUUGUCAUUGAGAAUCCACCGGUAUGGAGAGGAGCUUAAGUUUAGGAUAUUGAAUCAUUUGUUUUGGCAUUGUACCCCUUAUUUGGACAUAAAUUUGUGGCUUUGUGUUAUAUAACAUUAUGAUUAACUGAGAA